AUGUCGAGCAUCAUCAGCAUCGUCCUUCGGGCCGCGGCCCUGCUCUGGACCCUGCUCAUCACGGCCCUCAUCGGCAACGUCAUCGCGACAAACAUCAACGCCGCCACCUCGGCGACGGCGGCCGUCAACUUCACCAUGUUCGUCGCCGUCCUCUGCUGGAUCGUCUGCCUCUACGGUCUCGUCGCCGGCUUCGUCUCGGCGCUCGGCGCCGUCAUGGUCCUCCUCGUCCUCGACGUCCUCGCCGUCCUCUUCACCUUCAUCGACGCCAUCGUCCUCGCCGCCAAGCUCGGCGCCGUCAACUGCGGUAACAUCCGGAACGCCGGCCUCUCCGACAGCUGGAUCGGCUUCGGCUCGGCCGACGACGAGAAGCGUUGCCGCGAGAUCCAGGCAAGCACCGUCUUCAUGUGGUUCCUUUGGCUCUGCCUCUGCGGCGCUCUCUUCUUCACCAUCAAGGAGUGGCGCGGCGGUUUCGGCGGUUCCAUGCGCUCGUCGCGACCGAGCAUGUCUCAGGUUGGCGUAUGA